AUGAUCUCAUCCAAUAACAACGGAUCAGAUCAUCACCAAAGGGAAGAAAGAAAGCAAUCUUUGGGUAUCCCAACAGUUACAAUUACGAGUAAUAAUGAGCGGAUGGAUGGUAGCACACAUUCCUCCGAAUAUAACUCCAGAUCUAGCUCCCCGAAUACAAAUGCUGUUGUUACAGAGAACACUCAAGCAUCUUUAACCACCUCCUCUUCAACCAGCUCUUUGGGAGGAAUGAAGAGAGUCAAAUCUAUUGAGUUUUUGCAUCUUGGCUAUGAGCAUCAUGAUCCAGGCGAAUUUGUAAAUAGUUCCUUGAGAAGAAAAAAGAAUCAAAAUUCGGAAUCAAUGCCACGAGUAGUUUCUCACGCAACACUUAAUUCACUCCCUCCCCAUUGUGAGUCAUCUGCGUGGGUUCUUUCUUUGCAAAGUCUUUUUGAAAACUAUUUUAAUGCAGAGUUGCAUUCCAUUAAAGACCAGCAGACGCAUUUGAAUAAUACUGUACGUCGUAUUGUGAAGAAGAUCACGGAAAAGAAACAGGCAUUAGAGUCCUUCUUUGUGGUUGACUUGUCACAUAUUGUUAGACAAAUUGAAAGAUGGAAAAAGGCAAUGACUUUUAUCAGCAAUGGACCAUGUGUUGCAAAUUAUGGAGGAAUUAUCAGACCCAUGUAUGCUGUGAAAUGUAAUCCUAAUGCCAACAUUAUUAAGAUUGUCUAUCUCAUGGGAGGAGGCUUUGAUUGUGCUUCACAACAAGAAAUCUCCAUGGUUUGCAGAUUGUGUAGAGAAAUGGAUGAAUGGCUUGAAAAAAAUCCUCAAUAUUAUGAAUCACUCACUGUUGUGAAUCCUGAACUGACAUUAGAACAAAUCAAAAGUAGACGUUUCAACCCAGCCACUGAUAUCAUUUUCGCUCACCCUUGCAAACCUAUUUCACAUAUUUUAUAUGCUAGUCAGCAAGCUGGAGUAGAAUGGACGACACUAGAUUCUGUGUGCGAAGUUGAAAAGCUUGCAGAACAUUGGAAGCAUUGCAAAGGUGUGAUUCGCAUUAAGACCGAUGACGCACAUUCUGCAAUUGGAUUUUCUGAAAAGUUUGGAACGACUAAACAUGGUGCCAUCAAAAUCAUGGAAAGAGCAAAAGAACUGGGCAUUAAUCUAGUUGGUGUCAGCUUCCAUGUGGGAACGAAUUGUGAAGAUGUUCAAUCGUAUGUUAAGGCUCUCCGUGACACGGCUGAAAUUUGUAAAACAGCAAAGGAUCAUUUCGGAUUUACUUUUAACUUGAUCGAUAUUGGUGGAGGAUUUAUGAGCAGAUUGAAGAGUGCUUUACCGAUGGAAACUGUUGCCACCGAGAUUAUUCCUCUCAUCAUGGAGACAUUUUCUCGUUCUGAAACCACUUCUGAAAAUGAUGUGGUUGAUAGAAGCACUGUCAGAAUUAUUGCUGAACCAGGUAGAUAUGUUGUUUCGAGAUCACAUACACUAGUAUGUCACAUCCACACAAAGAAAGAUUUGAGAGAAGAAAACGCCAUUCGUGUAGCUGAACUUCUUCAACAAGGAGUCGACGUCGAGUCAUUACCACUUCUUGAUGAUUUUCAUUAUUACAUUGAUGAUGGAAUUUAUGGAAGCUUUAACAAUGUGGUCUAUGAUCAUGUGCAAUUAGUGGUGAAUACUGUCAUGACCAAAAAGGCAAACAAGAACCAAGAAAAGCAUCCUUCAACUUUGUGGGGAACUACAUGUGACUCUCUUGACAUUUUGUUUAAGGGAUAUCCUUUACCUGAAUUGAGUGUUGGUGAUCAUUUGUUUUUCCACAACUUUGGAGCUUAUACUACGGCCUCUUCUUCAGAAUUUAACGGAUUCAAAAACAACAGGUUGCAUUAUAUUUGGAGAAAUUAA